AUGCGAGAUUUGUACGAAGUCCAAGGGAUAAUUCCUCCCCAUAUUCUUGGUACGAUUUAUACAGACGCUAAACCCUUAAACCAACAUAUAAUUCAAGAAAAUGAAAUAGGCCAUGUUGAUAACUCUUGUGAAGAUGUUGAGUUCAAAAGUGGACCUGACUUAGAACUUAUCAAACAAAUGCUGAAUAUGGUAAAACAAACUAGUGCAUCUGCAGAUAGUGUUUCAUACAGUGCAGAUAGUGUAUUUGAGAUAAGCAAAGUGAAUUGUCAAUAUGAUGCCAGCGUUACUAUUAGGAACAAUAUUGAUCAUAAGAACUUAAUAGUGCCAAAAGUAAGAAAAAUGAGGAAUGUUGCUUUAGUAUCUAUAUUGGAAGCUAUUUCAGAAAAAAAUAAUACAUUUGAAUCAAGUGUACGUGGAACACCAGAGAAUGAACUACCAUUGAAACUAUUAAGACCAGAAGAUUUUAUUAAGAAAAGUGAGGCUAAGGAUAAGAUACUAGAAGCAGUGCCUAGUACUGCGAACACAACAAAAGCAAAAAUAAAUAGUAUUAUAUUUAAGAACAAUGCCGAAGUAAGUGAUGUUACUGAAGGAAAUUCAAAGACUGAAGUAAAGCAAUUUGGUAGCUACAAGCCUUCUCUUAUGGCUGAUUUAUAUUAUAGAAAGUAUCUAGAAAGAAGUAGGCUCAAAGAGAGUAUGCAUAAUAAUUUGACACAUGAGAGUAAGAAAAUAAUCAAUAUAAAAGAACUGGAGGCGGUUUCUCUACCACAGCACAGACAUCUGCUCACAGAUGAUUGUGUUGUUUGUAAAGUGUUUUGUAAAAAGUAUGUUAAG